AGGAUGGUGUUUAAGCUUCUGUCAGACUGUAAAAAUCUGAGGAGAAAAUACUGACAAAUAAUAAAUUUUUACAUGCAUAUUUACACAAUUGAAAACAGGAGUUUGAAGAGAAAAAAAUCCAAAAUUUAACAAAAACAUUAUUUGGCCAAAAACCUAUAAAAAUAUUAAGCAAUGGAUGUUCUCGUGUUUGGUUCAGCAAUUGUUGAUUUCGUCGCAUACGCCAACCGGCUACCAAAAGCUGGUGAGACACUACAUGGCCACAAAUUCAUGACAGGAUUUGGUGGUAAAGGUGCAAAUCAAUGUGUUGCGGCAGCUCGACUUGGUGCAAGUACAGCAAUGGUAGCAAAAUUGGGAGAUGAUACGUGGGGCAACAAUUACUUAGAACAACUGCGGUCAGAGAAUGUGAAUGUUGAUUUUAUCCAGCAAUGCAAAAACGAGACGACAGGUAUUGCCCAAAUAUGUGUCUCGGAUAGUGGAGAAAAUCACAUAGUUAUCGUUGUUGGAGCAAACAAUUUAUUGAGUGGCGAUGAUGUCAAAAAAGCAAAAGUAUUGUUCGAUAGGGCCAAAGUACUAAUAUGCCAGUUUGAGACGCCACUUGAUGCGACGUUAGAAGCUUUGCGAGCUUUUAAAGGCAUAUCCAUACUUAAUACAGCACCUGCAGUUGAAGACACACCAGUUGAUUUAAUAAAAUCCGCUACCAUAUUAUGCCUAAAUGAAACCGAAGCAGCUAUAACAACGGGCUCUGAGCAGAUAUCAACUCUAACGCAAGCCAAAGUAGCAGUGGAACAUCUACUAGAAAUGGGCGCUAACAAUGUAAUUAUCACAUUAGGCGCAAUGGGUGCAGUUUAUGCUAGACGUGAAGAACCAGAGACGUUUAUACAUGUACCGGCAGUUAAAGUGAAUGACGUUGUCGAUACAACCGGUGCAGGUGAUGCUUUUAUCGGUGCAUUAGCAUACUAUAUGGCGCAUUAUCCAGAAUUUCCAUGGCACCAACAUAUAGGCGCAGCUAACCAAGUUGCUGCCUACUCUGUAAGACACCCGGGUACACAAGCGAGUUUUCCGAAACUGGAGCAAGUCAAUAAACUGACUGAAUUUGCGUGGUACGAGAUAUAAACAGUUGUACAAACACAACAUGUUAACAUACGUUUUCUUAUUUUAUUUACAAAAAUUUAUUAAAUAAAGUCUGCUUUUACUCGGCAAUUUUA